GCCCCCUACCCCCGGGCCCUCAGCUCCAGCUGCGGCGCCAUUGGCUGCGGGUCUCUGCCAGCCUUUACAUAAGCCCGGGCGCGCUCGAGUGGAGUUGUAUAAAGCGAGCGAGCGAGCGGUGUCGGGGCGGGAAGCUCCAGGCCAACCCGGGACCGGGGCUGGGAGCUGGAAGGCAGCGGCGGCGGCGGCAGAGGCGGCAGCGAGCUCCCGCUCUCCGACGCCCCCAGGCGGUGGGGCUGAAAGAGCCCGAGGAUGGCUCCGAGCGCAGACGCCGGCAUGUUCCAGAUGUUUCUGUUCCUGCUGCUGCUGUGGUUUCUGCCCCUGACUGAGGGGUCCCUGCGGGCUGAACCCAUGUUCACGGCAGUCACCAACUCAGUCCUGCCCCCUGACUAUGACAGCAACCCCACCCAGCUCAACUAUGGAGUGGCAGUGACUGAUGUGGACCAUGACGGGGACUUUGAGAUCGUCGUGGCAGGGUACAAUGGCCCCAACCUGGUUCUGAAGUACGACCGGGCCCAGAAGCGGCUGGUGAACAUCGCGGUGGACGAGCGCAGCUCCCCCUACUACGCGCUGCGGGACCGGCAGGGCAACGCCAUCGGGGUCACAGCCUGUGACAUCGACGGGGAUGGCCGUGAGGAGAUCUACUUCCUCAACACCAAUAAUGCCUUCUCCGGGGUGGCCACGUACACGGACAAGUUGUUCAAGUUCCGCAAUAACCGCUGGGAAGACAUCCUGAGUGACGAGGUCAACGUGGCCCGCGGCGUGGCCAGCCUCUUUGCCGGGCGCUCUGUGGCCUGCGUGGACAGGAGGACCUCAUCCGUUCUCUGUCCCAAACCUGGAACACCUCUACCCUUCAUCUUCAGGUGUCUCAUCACUCAUCCACCUUUCUGGAUGCAGCUCAAAGCCGAUCUCUUACAAGAAGCGUUCCCUGAUCGAUAA